UUGAUAUUUCUGGAAAAAUCUGCAUGAAUGUCCAGAAAACAACAAAAUAAAAAACUCCAUGAAGAUUUUUCAGAAAACAUAUAGACAAUAAUUUCACCGAAUUCUUCUGACAGCUCUCUUUAUGCAUGUGUAUAUCUCCGAAAGAAGAAGUAAUUGCCAAAUGCCAUGCCAUGUUCUGCCAUAGUUUAAAUUCAUUUCGUUCGAACCAGAGGCGUAUAAGCUCCAAAUGUAUCAAUCGUACAAAAAAGGAUCGAAGAGUCGUCGUGACCGGCAUGGGUGUUGUGUCUCCUCUUGGAAUCGGAGUUCAGAAUGCAUGGAAUCAACUUCUUAAUGGAGCCUGUGGAAUUGUAGAGCUCAAAAGUCCUGAUUAUGAAAAACUUCCUUGCAGAAUAGCUGCACUUGUCCCCCAAGGAAAUGAGCUACUUAAAAGUAAAUUCUCAACAAGUGAAUUAAGAACCAUGUGCCCAGCAACUGCUUAUGCACUAAUUGCUACUGAAGAGGCUCUUAUUGAUGCUAAUUGGAAACCAAAAAAUGAAGAAGAUAAACGUGACACAGGAGUUACUGUUGGUAUGGGCAUGGUUGACCUAGUUGAUGUUUGCAAUAUGCAUGAACAGUUGAAAAAAGGCUACUCCAAAGUCAGUCCAUUUUUUGUUCCACGAAUCUUACCGAAUAUGGCUGCUGGUCAUAUAAGUAUUAAAUAUGGAUUUCAAGGACCCAAUCACUCUGUUUCAACAGCUUGUGCAACAGGAGCCCAUGCUAUUGGAGAUGCAUUUGGAUUCAUUCAAUCUGGAGCAGCUAAUGUCAUAGUUUGUGGAGGAGCUGAAGCUUGUAUCAGUCCUUUGUCAAUUGCAGCUUUUUGUAGAUUACGUGCUUUAAGUACUAUAAAAAACAAUUUACCUUUGGAGGCAUCUAGACCAUUUGAUAAAGCUAGAGAUGGUUUUGUCAUGGGUGAAGGCGCAGCUAUAUUAAUUUUAGAAGAGCUGACACAUGCAUUGAAUAGGAAUGCUCACAUUUAUGCAGAAAUAUUAGGAUAUGGACUAUCUGGAGAUGCAGCUCACUUAACUGCACCUUGUGAAGAUGGAACUGGAGCAUUAUUAGCAAUGGAUAGGGCACUGAAAGAUGCACAAAUUGAUAAGGAUGAGAUUACAUAUGUCAAUGCUCAUGCAACUUCAACACCUCUAGGUGAUAAAAUUGAAUUGCAAGCCAUACAAUCAUUAUUUGGCAAAUGCAGUAAAAAUAUUACCGUUUCAAGUACAAAAGGAGCUCAUGGACAUUUAUUAGGAGCAUCAGGAAAUCUUGAAAGUGUUUUCACUAUAUUAGCAUUGAAAAAUGGUAUAAUACCACCUACUAUUAAUUUAAAUAACGUAGAUGGAAACACAGAUUUACAGUUUGUUCCUAAUGUAAAACAAAGUUGGUCCACUCUUUCACGUCGAAUAGCACUAAAAAAUGCCUUUGGUUUUGGUGGAACAAAUGCUUCGCUUUGCUUAGCAGAAUUCAAAUGAUUAAAAUUUACUUGUAUAAAAAUUUUUACUACUUAUUGUAUUGUAGAGAAAAUGACAAGACUUUGUAUAGAACUUAAUUGUACACAACUUAAAAAUUAAAGUGUUCAACAUUGUUUGUUUGGAUGUAUUAGGUGUACAGAAGGUAAGCAUUUUAUUGGAAUGCAACAUGUUUUAUAUUUUUAUUAAAUCUGUGAUAAGGAUAAAAUGUAUUAUUUUAUUACAAAUGCAACAUUUUUGCUUGCGCGUUUUUUUAUUAUGUAACGGACAAAAAAUAUGUCAGCAAAACCUUGAUAAUGCAUCAGAAAAUAUGAUCUUUUCAAUGGAUUGUUUCUCACAGACCACAUGUAAUUCAUACACUAGGUACAAAUGUUUAUAAGAGAUAUAUACAUCACAAACUUUUAUAGAUAAAUUAAAACUAUCAAAUCAAAAAUAAUAAAGUAAGAAUAAUUUCUACUAUCAACAUCGGAUUUUUUUUUUCAUAAUAUUUUUGUAAAAAUUACUACGUAUUCAGUUGAAUUUCAA